CAUCAAUGAACUACAAUGGAGCAAGCGAACCACGUUAAGAAAGUCCUCAACCAGAACAAGCUCGCCCUGGGCGUGUGGCAAUUACUCCCGGGCAGCAAUCUAGCUCGGACUUUGGCUCGAUCUGGAUAUGAUUGGGUGUUGGUUGAUUGUGAACAUGGAAAUAUCGAUGAUGCCGCCAUGCAUGAAUCCGUCGCUGCAAUCUCCUCAUACGGCGUCAGUCCGAUUGUCCGGAUUCCCGAUUUUCAAUCCUGGAUGGUUAAACGAGCGCUCGACUCCGGCGCCCACGGCGUCCUAGCCCCCCUCAUUCAUACAGUCAACGACGCAAAAUCCUUCAUCGAAGCAUCCAAAUUCCCACCACACGGCAAACGUGGCUUCGGAUCUCCCUUCUCCAUGGACAGAUUCAGCAUCGGGCUCACCGCAACCGAGUACCUAGACCAGGCCAACGAUAAUAUCCUCUUAGCCGUCCAGAUAGAAACAGCCCAAGCACUAGCUUCCGUUGACGAAAUCGCCGCCAUCGACGGACUGGAUUUACUCUUCGUCGGACCCUUCGAUUUAGGUAACGGUAUUGGGUAUCCGGUUCGGGAGAAGGGUAUCGAGCCACCACUCGAGGAAGCUAUUCGGCGGAUUAUGAAUGCUGCGCAUGCGGCUAGAAAGAAGGCAGGCAUUUACUGUGGUAAUGGACAGCAGGCGAAAUACUAUGCCGACAUGGGCUUUGAUUUGGUGAAUGUUGCUACGGAUGUCGGGGCUUUGUCGGCGCAUUUGGGCGGGGAGUUGGCGAUUGUUAGACAGAGUGAGGCGAACAAGGUGGGUGGGCCGUAUGGUUGAUUGUAUAUUUUAUUUAUAGUUGCAGUAUACUUGUGCCAAUAAUUUUGAAUAUACUUGUUCAUUAUGCUGGGUGCUUUGUCGCAGUGUUGAUUUGGUUGUGUUGGGUUGUACAGGGUGUGGCUAGCUGGCCGACAGGUGGCAAGGCAACCAUGCAUAUGUAGA